AUGCCAGGCGGCAUUCAUCCUCCGCUGGAGGUCAUCGCAUCGUGGCCGGCAGGGAAUUAUAUUGACCCUCCUACGCGGCCAAAAGCAGUCCUCAUCGUCGCAUGUGUAUUCGGACCUCUCAGCUUAGGCAUUCUUAUUGUGCGACUAUGGGUAAGAAUACGGAUUCAACACAAUACUGGAUUAGAUGACUGGCUGAUGUUGGCUGCAAUCUUUCCCAUGAUUGCUUUAACUGUGCUUUUCCCACUUGCUACUGAAGUCUAUGGCUUCAACAAGCACGUAUGGGAUGUCAAUCCUGCCUUAUUUGUACCCCAACGCAAGUUGAUCAUGGCCAUCGAAGUUAUCUUCUGCGUUGCGGUCGGCCUUAUUAAGGUUUCCAUCUUGUUAUUCUAUCGACGAAUAUCCUCUCGAGCGGUAUCUUACUGUUUCCGCUGGGCUACCAGGAUCACUAUCACCUUCAUCGUGACAUACUCGAUUGCCUUCACCCUCGUACCAAUAUUUGGAUGUCACCCCAUUUCUGCUUUCUGGGACCAACUCAACUUCGUCAAACUAGCAACUGGCUACAAAUACAAAUGCUUCAACGAAGGCGCCGAUGUGUUCGCCGCAGGCCUUAUCUCCGCAGUCCAAGAUUUCAUCACCGCCAUCCUGCCUACAUUCCUCUACUGGAAGCUACACAUCCCGCUCCGGCAGAAAAUCGCACUCUUCGGUAUCUUUGCAAUCGGAUAUUGCGUCGUUGCCAUAAGCGCAAUCCGUACGUGGUUGAGCUGGCGCAUCUUUUUCGAGACAUACGACGUCACCUGGGCGGCGUGGGACAACUGGCUCUGGUCGAUGCUAGAACUGCAUGUUGGGGCCAUGUGCGCGAAUGCGCCUGCACUUAAGGUCUUUUUUAAGCACUUC